AUGGCCAAGCCCCACCACCGCUUCUCCCGCUAUCUCGCCGGCGUCGGAGCAACCUUCCUCCUCGCCGUCCUUCAUGCCCCACUCACCGCCGCGGAAGACGAACCGCCUCCAUGGCCAACCUGCGGGCCGUAUCCCUCCAGCGGCAACUACACACAGAACAGCACCUACCAUGCCAACAUCGAUCUCCUCGCCGCGUCCCUCCCCAGGAACGCCUCCUCGUCCCCCUCGCUCUACGCCACAGGGAGCGUCGGCGACGUGCCGGACAUCGUCUACGGCCAGGCGCUCUGCCGCGGCGACGUCGCCAACGCCUCCGCCUGCGGGAGCUGCGUCGCGGCCGCCUUCCGCGGCGCGCAGCAGGCGUGCCCGCUCUACAAGGACGUGAUGAUCUUCUACGACCUCUGCCAGCUCCGCUUCUCCAACCGGAACUUCCUCCUCGACAACGACUACAUCGUCACCACGUACACGCUCCAGCGCUCCCGGCUCGUGGGCCCGCCGGCGUUCGACGCCGCCGUCGGGCUGCUCGUCAACGCCACCGCCGACCACGCGGUGGGGGACUCGUCCAGGCGGUUCGGCACGGGGGAGGAGGGCUUCGACGACAAGGGGAACCCCAAGAUUUACGCGCUGUCGCAGUGCGCGCCGGACACGACGGUGGACGUCUGCCGGACCUGCCUUCGCAGAAUAAUUGGGCAGCUGCGGGAAUCCUUCAGCGGGAGGACAGGUGGAGGGAUUUUCGGGGUGUGGUGUAACUUCCGGUACGAGGUGUACCCUUUCUUCUCCGGCCGGCCGCUGCUGCAGCUGCCGCAGUUCGUGGAGAGCCCGCCUGCUUCCGCCCCGCCGGCGACCGGAGGAGGAGAGAAAAUGAGAAAUCGUACAGUUAAAGUUCUAGCUAUUGUGAUGCCUACAAUUGCCGUGAUAUUGGUGAUCCCGGUGGUAUAUUUUUUCUGUUGGAGGAGGACAAGACCAGAAGCAGAUGCGUUUCUACCUUCUACCUCGGAGGAUAUUCAGCACAUCGAUUCGCUUCUUCUUGAUCUAGCAACACUAAGAGUUGCCACUGAUGACUUUGACGAAAGGAAGAUGCUUGGUAAAGGAGGGUUCGGUAUGGUUUAUAAGGGAGUCCUACCUGACAGUCAAGAAAUAGCCGUCAAAAGGCUUGCUCAGACUUCCAGACAAGGAAUAGGAGAACUGAAGAGUGAACUGGUUCUAGUUGCCAAGCUUCACCACAGGAAUCUCGUGAGACUUGUUGGUGUUUGCUUGGAAGAAGAUGAGAAAAUACUUGUGUACGAAUAUAUGCCCAACAGAAGCCUCGAUACCAUUAUUUUCGAUUUUGAGGGAAAGAAAGAGCUGGAUUGGGGAAAGAGGUUCAAGAUCAUCAAUGGAAUCGCUCGAGGCUUACAAUACCUCCAUGAAGAUUCUCAACUGAAGAUAGUUCACCGUGACCUCAAAGCGAGCAACGUACUGCUAGAUUUGGAUUACAAUCCCAAAAUUUCUGAUUUCGGCCUAGCAAAGAUAUUCGGAGGGGAUCAAUCAGUGGAUGUGACUCAUCGUAUCGCCGGAACAUACGGAUACAUGGCCCCGGAAUACGCCAUGCGCGGUCAGUACUCCAUCAAGUCGGACGUGUUCAGCUUCGGCGUCUUGGUCUUAGAGAUCGUCACCGGGAGGAGAAACAGCGGCUCCUAUAACACCGAGCAAGACGUCGAUCUCUUGAAUCUUGUAUGGGAGCAUUGGACCCGAGGAAACGUCAUCGAGCUGAUCGAUCCGUCCCUGAGCAGCCAUCCUCCCGUCGACCAGAUUCUCAAGUGCAUCCACGUCGGGCUCCUGUGCGUGCAGAGAAAACCGGCGAGCAGGCCGGCGAUGUCGUCGGUGAAUAUCAUGUUCAGCAGCCACACCGUCCGUCUCCCUUCUCUGUCCAGGCCGGCGUUCUGCAUCCAGGAGGUCAGCGUGAAUGAAAGCUCGACCGCGUAUUCGGAAACAUAUCCACUCACAGAAAAAUCAACUGUGAUGUCUUCGAACGAAGUGUCGAUCACGGAGCUUUCACCCAGAUGAGUCUUCCAGCUCCAGCUGUGGGAGCGGUUUGCUGAACAAUAUGUGUAUAGUACUUCAAUUUCUGGAACUGAUCCUGAUGGAAGAGCCCGCCCGCUGGUAUGGAUAUUAGUACUGAAUCUUGCAUUCUAUGUAAGUAGAAUUGCUAACCUGCAAUGCUUAGGGACUGAAAGUAGUGGGACUUCACUGCAUCAUAGAAGUCAGAGUGAUGCUGGUGUACAUGAUGAUAGAUUGUCACAAAUGCUAAUUUUCUAUACCGAUAUAAGAAGUACUAUAUAAGUUUGUCGAAACCAAUGGACCUGAGCAGUUUAUCCAAUUCUUAGUCUACAACAGCUCACACAUUAAGUUGGAGGAGACGGUGUUUUCUUACUCCCUUUGCUCC